AUGGCAGAUGAAUCCGCGGAAAUGGAGUCAGGUCUCUUAGGUAAAUCUCGUAGUUUCUACGCCAUUUUUUUCACCACACUUGCGGCGCACUUCCGUAAAGAAACCCAGUCACUACCAUAUCAUUUUGGUUCGUUACCGUUGCCUGAUUUUAUUUCUUUUUUUAUGUGAUCACGUCCUUAGAAAAUGUGCAGUCGGCUAUCAGACGAAACAUAGAAUUAUCUUUUAUCAAGAAAGUGAAAAUAGAAUUCAAGGGUGAUCGCUCAGAAGGUCGCAUUUUGGUAAGUACACAUAGCGUUCCUACUAUCUUCGACGUCUCACUUUUAUCUAAAGUGAUAUCGCUGUGUUUUCUGAAUGAAACGUACAAUUAAAUGCUUAGAUUGUAUAACAAAUUUUCUAAAGAUGCAUUAUUAUGCAGUAUUCUUUUGCACCUUGGUGUAUUCGUGAUCUGUAUCUUCUUUGCUGUCUGCCAACCGCUUAAUUACGAGUCAAAACAUUCCUCUACUGUCAAUUGUCCGCUCGAACAAAACAACUCCAUAGGUAAUGCAUUAAGGGUUUCUUAGGAACGUUUGAUCCCAGGGAAAUGGCAGAAAACAACAACUGUUUAAUUAAAAGUGGUCUAAGCUCUCUAAACUUUCUAAUUCUUGAAUUGAUUGCAGCCAUGUCUAGGUUCAAGCAGAUUAGCGUGUCUACGUUAGUAGUUGCUUUAAGGGUCAUUAGAUGAUCUUGCUAAGCUAACAAUAUUAUGAGAGCUUGUUGGUUGUGGGGUGUGUUAUGUGUAAAUUAUUAAUAAUGGGUCAAACUAAUUUCUUUGGGAAAUGAAAGCUCAAUUCUCAUUUCAGAUAAUUUUAAUUUUUCCCGCAUCCAUCUCGUGUUUUUGUAAAUAUUUUCCCAAUGUUUAUUGAUUUCGAAGUUCGAUAUCACAGCUAAUGAUUCAAUUAUAACCCCGGAAAAUAGUAUUGCCUGUGGGAAUUGUCGUCUUCCGUUUUUAAAAAUGGAAUUAAGCAAAACAGAAGGGUGAAAAGUGAAUUUCAUUUACUGUAAAUGGAAAACAAUUCCUUAGAGACUGGUCCAUAUAGAAUGAAUGAUUUAUUAUUAAGCUUUUAUAAUUAACAUUAUUNUUGUUGGUUGUGGGGUGUGUUAUGUGUAAAUUAUUAAUAAUGGGUCAAACUAAUUUCUUUGGGAAAUGAAAGCUCAAUUCUCAUUUCAGAUAAUUUUAAUUUUUCCCGCAUCCAUCUCGUGUUUUUGUAAAUAUUUUCCCAAUGUUUAUUGAUUUCGAAGUUCGAUAUCACAGCUAAUGAUUCAAUUAUAACCCCGGAAAAUAGUAUUGCCUGUGGGAAUUGUCGUCUUCCGUUUUUAAAAAUGGAAUUAAGCAAAACAGAAGGGUGAAAAGUGAAUUUCAUUUACUGUAAAUGGAAAACAAUUCCUUAGAGACUGGUCCAUAUAGAAUGAAUGAUUUAUUAUUAAGCUUUUAUAAUUAACAUUAUUUUCAGUUACCGUCGUCUUCAGUGAUGACAUGCUUCAUGAGUCAGUCGUUAUGAAUUUAUUCAUGUAGAAAAUUUUCAGAUACACAGUCCAUGUUGUAAUAAUAUUGACAUUGCUUUUCUGUCAGCAAAGCAAAGUUUGUCUUGUGUCGUGGGUCAGUCAGCUUUUCCUCAGGCAGUUGUUUGGUAUUUGAAAAGUCCUUUGGACACUGUAGAUGCCCACAAUAGGCCAGCCAAAAUAUUACAUUGUCAGACCUGCCAUACCCCUGAUAAAGGAAAGUCUGAAGAGACUAUACAAAAGUAGUGAGAUUCAAUUUUUUUUUCCUGAUCGAGUGCCAAUCAAGAUUUCCAUUGGGGGAAUUAAAUGUUUAUUUAAAUGCUACCUUGCUUUAUUUGUAGUCCCUGUUGUAAGAAGAUGCCACUUUAUUUGAUGACUCUAAUAGGUCAGCACUAGGAUGAAACAAUAGCAAGGGGUCAUUUCCGGAUAACAGGGCUCUCACUGAGGGUGAGGGGCCGGACAUUUCCCCCAGCUUCUAUGAGCACAACCCCUGGCUACUUUCAUAGGCAGUAAAAGGAAAAUAAAACCAAAAGGAGUACUUAUCAGUUCAAUUCCUUGCCUGAUAUUCCCAGCAACUUGAAACCUUAGUGACAGCCCUACGAUAAGCCAACUUCAUGACCAAAAUGUUCGACAAAGUGGCAUAAAGGCUUAAACAUUAGCUACUGUCAGUUUUUUUAAUAUUUGUUUUUUUACACAUUUCUGAAAAGGCACUCUUCCUCUGUAUUUCAGAAUACUUUUUCCUUAAAAAACCGUGACAUUGUGAGACUUGUCAUUAAGCUGAGAAAAUUGUGUGCAAGUACCCAAACCUCAGGCCCCAAAAGCCUCUGAAAGUUGUUUUUUUACAUAAUUCAGGGUAGAUGCUUCAGUUGUUUUGCAGGUAACAUGAUAAAACUUUUAGUUAAUAGAACAAAAUUUUAAUAACCAAUUCAGCAUUUUCUGUUUAAUGUUAGAGAUUGGACUGUCUCCACACUAGCGGGCCACCAGUGAAUAAUAUUGUCUUUUAUUAUAUACUACCAUAAGUUAAAAAGUCUGACUUCAUUGAUUUUGCGAGAAAUCAUCAAAUUCUUUUGUUUCUGCUUCAAACUAAAGAAUGUCGACCUGUUUUUUGCAUACACUGUACAUUAUUAGUCUCACUUGCGUAAGCAGCGAGACUUAUAAUCUGCAAUGCAUUUUCACAUUUUUGGUUGUAUUUUAUACACAAAUAGGGGGUCAUUGUGCCAGGCGUUUCUAGCAGAGACCGUGGAAACUGAGACUAAGAAUUGUUGCCUGAUUGAAGUCACACAUGUUUAGGAAAGACUAAAUUUAGAGCUUUUCCGAAACAUGUCAGUCCACAAAUUCUAUCACUUCAAAGCGUUGAUUACUUUGGAACAAGUGAACACUACUGAGUAGUUGAAUAAAAAAAAAAGAAUCUUAAUUAGCAAAACUGCGAUGUUCACGUGUUCUAAACUUUCAUGGGUCUUGUGAUGAGAAUGCAGUAUAUUUUCGGCGAUGAUUGAAAUAAUGUGCCAUGUAAAUGACUUUUUGAUCUCUUGCAAUGAUGUUAUUUCUCUGGAAUCGAGACCCUUGAAUUUUCUUGUAUUUAUACAUGUGUAUACACUGAGCCUGUGGCCGCAGACGUAUUUCUGGUCAUCGCUAACACGCAUACUAAAUCUGUUCAGAAACAAGUAAAGAGUAUCCACGUCGAGAAAGUGGAAAGUAAAAAACCUUUAGCGAGUAAAUCUAAUUAAUCACCUCCUCAUUUCUUGAUCUAAUCUCGAAGCGAGCGAGACUGAAUGCCGAUGCAAGUGCGUUCUUGUUUCAAGUAAAAGUAGGGGAAAUGGCCAAAAACAUACAAGACAAUGUUUUUCUUCUCAAUAAAAGGUUGCAUUCAAAGAUUCAGGCAAUUCUGGCCAUAAAAGAAAAUCGACUUAAGACAUGACAUAAGACAGUUAUCUCUUUAUUAUCGUAUUUAACACUUGAUUGUUUUUUAAAUCUUAGGCCCUUUCUGCACACAGAUUUUAUGUCCUUACCAUUUCCAAGAAUGGAUGUAAGGUACAGUAAUGCAGUUGAUGUUGUUUAAAAGAGUAUCAUUUAUUUGCGAAGUGUUUAGUUACACUGCGCAUGAGUACAUGUCAAUGUAUUAGUCAGUUCUGUCACUAAGAUUUCUUAUUCCUGGCUACAGUGCAGCUCAGAUAUGAGUGACCAACGCACACGCAAAAUGUGGGAAACGAAAAUGAAUUGAAUGACUGGGGAGAUCUUUUGGUUUUAUAUCCUCUUUGUUGCCAUGAAAGUAGCUGGGGGAAGCCCCCGGCUCCUACCAGCCCUUAGUGGCAGCCCUGUUUGUAAAGUACGUGAUAAUUAAGGCAUGUUUUGUUGUAUGUGGUAUUUGACAUAAAUUGAAAUGCAAUCUUGGUAAAUGCUUUGAAAAGAUUUCUUACUACAGUUGAUGAUGGUCUAUCAUCAAAUAUGACCAUCAGAGUGGUAAUCUCCCAUUUACAUGCAAGCCCCCCCCAGAAAAAAAGAAAAAAAAAAGCAACAACAACUACACACACAUACACAUGCAUGGCCUCUGCAUUAGCUUUCCAUUGCUUUACUCUUCUGAGUUAUUAUGAAGACCCACAUGUGACCUGUACACUGAUGAAAAGAACAAAACAUACAUGUAGAAUGAAGAUGAUGUGACCUGAGGGAGUAUACCGUCAUGGUCAUUUCUUCAUUUAGAUUUGUAUUCUUAAUGUUCACAUCAUCUUCACUCUAAUAUAGACAGGGCUUCUGAUAUUUUGCGCGGUCGCGGACCCGCGAAAUUCAGGUAUUUCUGCCAAAUCCCGCGAAAUUCCCCAAAAAACGCGAAUUACCGCGAAAUCCGCCGGAAAUAUUUCCAAAUACAUGUCGGCAAAACAUAUUUAAUACUUAUCUUGGUUAUUAGACCUGUUUUAUUCACCCCAAACGUCCAAAUUUAUCUAUGUCACUGCAACGAGUAAACAACGUCUCAAAACUGCCAGGCGUUCUUAGAUGAAUGUUGCGAAAAACUGGGCACUAACCAUAAUGUUUAUAGCUUUAGCAUUCGCUCAUUUCUCGAGCGAACUGUUGUUGAAAGAGCAAAUGAUCAUCCCUGUUAAAAAAAUGUUAAACAACGCUGGUCAUAUCGACGCAAAAUUGAUCGAUUUUAGCGAAAUUUCCCCCAAAAAAUCCAGCGAAAUCGGCUGUUUUUUACGGAUUGUUUCUUGGCCAAGUUUCCCCCCGAAAUUUCCCGUGAAAUCAGCCGAUUCUUCUAAGAAUUUGCCCCUGAAAAUCCUUCGAAAUUUGACUUUUCUCCCGCAAAAAUCCCGCGAAAUCAGCCGAUUUUUCCGCGAAUUUGCCCCUGAAAAUCCCGCGAAAUUUUGCUUUUUUUUCCGCAAAAUAUCAGAAGCCCUGUAUAGAGUAACCUGGACACUUGCCACUGGGUGAAUGCACAAGCUAUAAGUGUCUUAAUAGUACUGUGUUCACCUUUGCAAGAAACGUGUACCUUAGAGUAAUUAAAACUUCACAUGAAAAGCUUGAUAGUUGAAAGUGCACUGUUCACAGCAUUUGCCUGUUUCAAGCAUGUUAUAUAUGGCUAUUUUGAGAAAGGUUGUCGGAAAAAAUGUGCAUGCGACAAUCUCGAAAGGUAAUAUGGGAUAUGAUCAGUACACUGUUCCUGACACUGUAGCUGUCAAACCUACUUUUGUUGCUUUCAUUUAGCACUCGCAAACGUAUGUUCCAUGGCCUCUUAAAGUGCCAUUCUUUUAAAUUUCUAUGAAGAACAGUGAACUCAACCUUUUGCCUUGGGAUUGUCGCAGGCACUUUUUCCGACAACCUUUCUCGAAAUAGCUAUAUACAUGUACUAUUGGCAGGGCUUCUGAUAGGUUGCGGAAGAAAAAGUCAAAUUUCGCGGGAUUUUUAGGGACAAAUUCGCGGAAAAAUUGGCUGAUUUAGCCGGAAUUUCACGAGAGUUUUCGGGGCAAACUUCAUCAAAAAGCAAUCGGUGAAAAAACGGCCGAUUUUGUGGUUAUUUUCAGGGCAAAUUUAACUAGAAAUCGAUCGGUUUUGCACUGAUCAGACCAGCAUUUUUAACGUUUUUCUAACAGAGGUCAUCAUUAAUUUUGCUCUUUCAACAACAAUACGCUCCAGAAAAGAACCAGUGGCAAAGCCUUUAACUUCAUGGCUAGUGCCCAGUUUUUCGCAACAUAAUCUAUGCCUGGUAGUUUCGGAACGUUAUUUGCACGUUUCAGUGACGAAGUUCCAAGAUAAAUCUGCAAGUUUACGGCAAGUAAAUAGCCCCUAUAGCUGAAAUAAGUUUCAAAUAUGUUGUACAGACAUGUAUUUUAUAAGAUAUCUACCAAAUUUCGGGGUAUUUUUUGUGUUUUUGUGAAUUUCGCGGCAUUUCGCGGAUUUACGGUUCCGCGACGACGCGAGAUAUCAGAAGCCCUGUCUUGGAGUUUGAACUGGCAUUCAUUAUAUUCAUUAUAUAACAGCCAAUAUUUUGCGACGCCACCACUGGUUUCCCCUCAACAUGACGUCUGAGAACCGAGCACAGAAAUUUCAUACCGUCUCUACCCAGAUCUGGUUAGUUCUCUGAUUGGUUGAUAAUUUGCUUCAUCCAAUAAUUAGAAGCACUGCCCAGAUCUGGGUAAUGUUGUGUCAUCAGUAUGGAAUUCCUGCACUUGUUUCUGAGACAUUUUUGUGGGGAAACCAGUGCUGGUGUCACAAAAUGUUUUGAUUGGCUUAGCCAUCAUGGUAUAUGAGCCAUUAUAUCAUGCUCUCCAUAUAUGGUCAUUGUACAUGUACUUGUCAGUUUAAAAUUGGAAGCUAGCUGAGAUUUUUUUUCGAAGGAUAGAAUGGCACCCAAAGAAAAUCGUUUCAAUUCUUCAAAUACUAGAAAAUGCAAUUUCAUCGGGGGAAAAAAAAACAACCAAACAAAAAAGCCACAAAAGUUUGUUUAAAAGUUUAUCCAUGAAAAACACAUGAAACUAAAAUACCCCCACCAGCCACGAAAGAAGACAAUUAUUGUUUCUUAAUGAUCGCAAAGCCACUCGCCGAUAGAUACAGUUGUAACUGCAGCUUGUUUAUCCAACAUUUUAAAGGAGUAUAAAUCACUAGCAACUAGCUACAAAUACAAGCUAUGCAGCCAUUCACUACAGCAAUCCAGGCGUCAGUACACAUAUAGCUUCUUCUCUCGUCCAGCAAAACCAGGUGGCGGCUUCAAACAACUUCUUAACAAGCUUUGCAUGAGUUUCUGAAUGGCGACAGAGGGAAUGGUAAUCCUCCAUUGUUCUUACUAUUGUGACAGCACCGAAAAUCCAAAUUCACAGUAAUUUCGAAGGCUUUACUUCAAAAUUCUUUUUUUUCUCAUUAUCUGCAAGUUUUUAGCUGUCCUGUUGGGUAAAAUCCAAGAAUCCCAAUGAGGUUUCAAUAAUGUUCAUUGCUGUAAUGUUUUGAUUUUUCAUUCAUCCAGUCCGUUUUUAAUAGAACAAUUAUUCCACUCGCGCUUGUUGAAUAUGAGAUUAUUAUAGCCAACUCAGCGCCACGUGCCUCGUAGGCUAUCUUCCAUCUCAUAUCCAACGUGCACUCGUGGAAUAAUUGUUAAUUAUAAUUAAAUAAUAAUUAUUUAUGGGCAAAAUUUUCAGUGGCUGUACUUUUAUUCUUCUCGGUCUGAAACUGUUUUCUUCUUAUUUUAGGUGGACUUCAGCAUGCAUAUUUUGGAGAUACAGAAAAUUGAGAGUAGUAAGCCUCUUUUAGUAAGUCAGCUCUCAAUUCUUCAGUAAUUAACAAUUGUUGGAUUUGGCUUUCGUAUCAUCUGAAGAAUUAUGGAGUUCUCAGAGGAUAACUAUAAAUUUACCGUUUGAGUUAUAUUGGUUGGUGUGUAGACUGUUGAAGACAAGGUUAUAUUGUAUGUUAGCUUUGACAGUGACAACAGCAUUCAAGUUUCAUGACAUUGCUUUUAUUUUCUAUCCAGUAUUAUAGUUAAUGAUAUAUUUCCUAAGGGUACAUAAGUUUUUACAGCAUAGGUAAGAACUCAUACUAUUUUAAUACAAUUUUGUAAUAUUCUGAUGGUAACAUGUUUUGUUUACUGAAUGAUAGUACACAUUAAGGGCUAGACUUAACAUAACAUGUAUUUUUAAAUUAUUUUCAGAUAACGCUGACAUGUGGUGAUAAGCCAUGUUAUUUCCGAGUUUCUCAGCCACGAGACAGUAUAGAGAUAAUUGCUCAUAUUUUGGCUUCACUAAAGUCCAACUUCCCAGCUGGCAACCCUGAGUAAGUACAUGUACAGUGGAACCUCGAUAUAACGAGGUUUCAUCAUAUAGAGGUUCUUUUCCAUAAAUUUUGCUAUUACUGGGGUUAAAAAAAUCAUACCAAGGGUUUCAUUAUGUGGAGGUACAGUACAAUAUCAAGGUUAAACUUUACAUGGAGUAGAAAUUUUGUGGUCCUUCUGAAACAGACAAAUAUUAUAUUGCAUUGUUAUUACUAGUGUCUGUGCUCAUUAACUUUAGGAAAUGUAUUCAUGUUAAUGGAUUUUAAUUAAUACUAAGCUCCUUUUCCUUAUCACUAUACCUGUGGCGUUCACAAGGGGAUGCUGUCAACGCUGUCUAAAGCGCAAAGUUACUAAAUUUUGUUCAAUGGGCUGCAAGCGCUGUGUCAAACGAAUUUGUUUGGCAUGCUUUCCCAACCACAUCGGUGCCGUCUGAGAUGCGUCACAAGGGCGCGAAAUUCAAACUGCAAACUACAGAUUGUGCAUUGUAGUAUAUAUUUGAAUGAUUUGGACUCAAGGCAUUAGUGACAUUUAUUUUAUUGUAUAAAGGUUCUUUCUUGAUAAUUUUAACUGCUAUUGUUCAUGUUAUAAAAAAAUUAGAGACUUUUUUUCCCUUCUCAUUCUCGAAGCAUUUUAAAUAAAUAGUGAUCAUGGCUAUUUUAUAAAUUUUGCAGAUGUUUAUCUUCCUCAAAUUAGUUCCAUGAUUCACUGUUUGGAGUAAUUGUAAGCUAGAAUUAAAGAUCAUUCCUUGCUGAACAUUUUUUGUCUUAAGUGUUUGCAUUUUUCUUUGUAGUUUUCUAGAUAUAAGAAACUUUUUGAGGAAGGGUAGAAAAUGAGUCUGUAGCUACUGCAGAUCUAAUUAGCUCCCGGGAAUAAGGGGUCAUGUUUCCUUGGUCUCCUGUGGGGCUUAAAUGGUUAACAGUGUGGUGUUCCAAAAAGUAACUGUAACCCCCGAAAGGGAUUUUUUCUGUACAUUUUUUCUGUACAUUUUUUUUUACUGAAGCUGGUUGCUGUCUUUAACUGAACAUUGAUGUUAUUUUUUGUUGCGCUUCAUAAGCCGACUUCUAAGGGUGGUAUAUGGUCCACCAGAGGAAAGUGAUGAGCGGCAAGCACAAGUAACAACACUUGUAAAUAACCUGCGAAAUACAGAAGGAGACAUUGAAACAGGACCAUGUGGUGAGCAUUGACCCUAUCACUCUCAACCCUUUAAACCCUGAAAUCAACCUGUAGAUUCUCCUCACUGUUCUCCAUGUUUCUAUUGUUCUGUUUGAGAGAAUUUGUUUAAAUGAUAAAACAUCAAGACAGUUCAUCAUUGGCCAUCAUUUCAUUCAUUCUCUUCACCUGCACAUUUGAUAUGACAGUGAUAUUGUUAAAAAUAAGUUAUUUGGUGUAAUAAUUUAAUCCAUGUCACUAGAGUGAUACUGGUUUUUAUUCCUGGGGAUAAGGAAUUGAAUAUAUAAUCCUGCUAUUGUGUGUUUUCACAUGACGUCAUGGCAGCCAUAUUUGUGUCCCAAAACAAUGAAACGGCGGCCAUGUUUGUGUCCCAAACCAGUCCUCUGGGGGUUGAACUCUUUUCUUAUGUAAACGCUUUCUUUUGUUCCAAUAAAUCUGCAUAGAUGCUGGCCACGUGAGUGAAAACACUCUAUAAGCCAUCCCUUUUUUUGUUAUUGCUGGAUACAGACAGUAGAUAGUCAAGUUUGAGUAAUGUGUAUGUUCUGAAAUAAUUUAUUCUGGUUUCCUUAGGUGGAUUUACAAAAGUCUAUGUUUCCAUUUGUGACUUUUAUGGACAGCCACAUUUAGAAGAAGUUGUUUGGGUAUGUCUUAUUUUAUCAUCCGUCUAUGCCUCUUUGUUCAUUAACCCAUUUGCCAGGGCUUCUGAUAUUUCGCGCGGUCGUGGAUUCGCAAAGUUCAGGUAUUUCUGCGAAAUCCCGCGAAAUUCCCAAAAAAACGUGAAAUACCGCGAAAUCUGCCAGAAAUAUUACCAAAUACAUGUUGGCAAAACAUAUCUAAUACUUAUCUUGGCUAUUAGACCUGUGAUAUUCACCCCAAACGUCCAAAUUUAUCUUGAAACUUUGUCACUGCAAUGAGUAUUAAAACAACGUCCCAAAACUACCAGGCGUUUUUAGAUGAACGUUGGGAAAAACUGGGCGCUAACCAUAAUGUUAAUAGCCUUAGCAUUCACUCAUUUCUCGAGUGAACUGUUGUUGAAAGAGCAAAUGAUUAUCCCUGUUAAAAAAACGUUAAACAAUGCUGGUCAUAUAGACGCAAAAUUGAUCAAUUUUAGCGUAAUUUGCCCAAAAAAUCCAGGGAAAAGUUUUUUACUGAUUGUUUCUUGGCGAAGUUUCCCCCCGAAAUUUCACCUGAAAUCGGCCGAUUUUUCUAAGAAUUUGCCCCUGAAAAUCCCGCGAAAUUUUGCUUUUUUUUCCGCAAAAUAUCAGAAGCCCUGAUUUGCCCCUGAACCACUCAUAACCGCCCAUGUGGAUCCACAUCCCUUCUACCUCUUGUGAUGUCAUCAGUUUUAAUGGUCAAGCACAACUUUGUCCGCUACAAGUAACUUGUGCAGAGUGAAGAGAUCUUUCAAACCAUACCAGAAUGAGCAGGUUUCAAUCAAGGACACCCCAGAAAAAGGCAAAAAAACCAUGUAACGUUGACCUGAAAAUUUCCAUGAAAAUCUUGUUCCACUACUGACCUUACUAUGUACUUUCCUUUCCUCUAAUCCUAAUAUCCUAAGAGCUUUCCCAAAAACCUUUCCCACCAAAAUGAAGCCUACUAAAUCCCCAACCAAAAAAAAAUGAGGCGAGAAAAGCGUAUAAAGAGGGAGGAGAGAAAGUGAAAAGUAAAAGUCAUGACUGUUGUGUCACUUUUAAGCCAAAAAACUAUUUCAAACUUUUGCUUUCUGCCCAUGCCCGAACUUCGCAAGCUGAUAUUUUGCAUCUCGAUCAGAAGGCCACAAGGUGUGCGACCUGUAGACGACUUUGUGCUAAGUUUUAGCUCUUUAUAGCAUGACAGCUUGAUGACCAGAAAACUGCUCAACUAGCUUCAAAACGUGUUUUUCUGCCAAAUUUCCAGAGGCAGAUGAGGGGCAUGGUUAAGUCAAUAAGAGAAUUCAAUUGAUUUGAAAUAAUUAUGAAAGAGUAUGAAUUUUAGUGGUUAAAUUAAUGUAUUGUUGUAUCUUGUUUUUUUUUCCCUUUCUACAAUUUAGGAUAUUGACACAAUUUACUUAUCACUUAAUACCAAAGUACUGAACAUCCAGGACUUUGACCACUUAGACCAAAAGUAAGUCAAAAGAUUUUCAUAUUUUUCUUAUGAUAGAAAUUAGUUGUCACAUGUACGUGUAUGCCACAGUUUGUCUUAAAUUCUGAAAUGCACAAAGGCUCGGUGUAGCCAGGUCUCAUAAGAUUGUCCUUUUUUCUCCAUUUUAGGUCGUUAGAUUAAGUAAGGCCUUUUACAUAAUGAUAUUUAAUACAAUUAAACUUAUUGAGAAUACAAGUUCCAAGGUUGAUUACCACUUGUGUGCCUCUCAAUUCUUGUUUUUUUUUUUUGUGAAAGCAAUGUCAAUAAAAUUAUUUGUUAGUUUUAAGGAUACUUGCAACUUUAAUGUUCAACAUUAAGAAUUUAAUUCUUUCUGUUAAAUAUGGAACCUUUCAGGGAUUUGGUUCCCAUUAUUUCAACACUGGAGUACAAUGAUUGGUUUACUAAAGUGACAUGUGAUUCAUUCAAACUGGUAAGUGAUAUUCUCAUUCUCAUGCAUGCAUUGUUUAUUUAAAGAAUUCAUAAAAAAAAGAAAAAUUUUACAGGAAGCCAUUGAAGAGCAGAACAGAGCUUUUGUUUGGCAUGCAGUUAACUUUGUCAGUGUGUGGUCCAAUGUAUAAUAAACAACAACGGGCCCAAGGUAGAGCCUUGAGCAACUCCAACAGAUACUGCAGCUGGAUCAGACUGGGUAUUUGCCACAGCAGGUAACUAGGCUUCCAAUGAACAAAUUUUAAAGUAAACAACAGUGUCCUUUUUGUUUCAGGGAUCUGAGGUCUGUGAUGCAAUUAUAAGAGUCAUCAAAAAAUCAUCGUCAAUUGAAGAGUUAGUUUUGGAUAAUGUUGGGUUUGGAAGGUAAUUUCUCUGGAUAGUACGAUUCAAUUAUUUAUGUUUGCAUGGGGCAUUAUACGGUAAACUUGAGGGCAAGUUGAUUUAUUGAAAAAUAUAUUAUUUAGAUUUUUGAUUUGUAGUCAAUAAUAAGUAUAUAUAUAUAGUUUAUACGACAUAUUAUUGUAGCUAUUUUUUUAUUUUAUUUUAAUUUUUUUCCAUUAUUAAUUAUUAGAUUUGUAAGUUAGACUUUCUGUUUUUUUUUCUUCUUUCCUUUUCCAAAUUUGUUAAUUAAAUCGGAAGAGCCACACAGUGGAGAUUUAAUAAAGAUACUGUACUAUACUAUACUGUACUGCUGUAUAGAUGUAGAGCACUUAAACCGCAUUUAUAGAUGUAUUGUCUUGCACAACAGAGCUGGGCUCUAAUUAAACUGUUGACCCUAGUUUUUCCUUGUAUAUCCCCAAUCUCCCAAGUCAUUAACUUAAGGGCUUAGGGACUAUGUACAUUGUGAAACUCAUUUCACACCUUAGAGAACAUCCACAAUAAAAAAAUACCAUUGAUGUACAUGUACAAAAAAGUACCACGUUUCCUUUUUUAAGGACAUAAUAUUUCAGAGUUUAGAUAAUACAUGUAGGAUUUGGUAAAUAGACUCAGAAGGACCUCUUUUAAUGUGUUUUUGUAGUUUUAAUUAAAAACCAGGUUGUAAAGUGGUUUCAACCAUAAUUAAAUCAAUGUGUGAUCUUUGAAAAACUCUGACCCUUGUUUACUUCUCACACUUCACUUGCUAGUGGUGAUAGAGUUUACCAGGAAAUAAAAAGUGGCCCAUCAGGGGCGGAUCUAGGGGGAGGGUGGGAGGAGUGCACACCCCGCGGCUUUCUAACACAACUGGUAUUCUGCGAAAAAAUAAAAUAUUUGUGGUUUAUUGGUGUUGAAGUAAAACAUGAGACAAGGUUGAUAUGGUUGAUAUGUUGAUGUGUAUUCUCUGCAGUUCACAUUAUGUUAUUGCCUAGUCAAAAGCCUUCUUUGUAUUCGCUUUUAAAAUUUGUUUAUGUCACCAGUUGGUAACGCCAUUCGUUAGUGGUGCACCCCCUACUAAGAAAAAUCCUUGAUCCGCCCCUGCACAUGUAGCUAUUGCCAGUGCAAAUACUAACUAACAAAUACUCUGUGUUGUUAAAGGGUAUUGCUAAAUACUAAUACUUUGCUACAAAUUCCUUUUAGAGAUUACUGUCAAAAACUUGCCCUGGCUCUUACAUCUAACCCCAAAACAGCUUUACAUUCCUUGAGUUUGAAUGGUAAUGCUAUUGAAGACAGAGGUAUGUUUUGUAACAGAAUCAAAAUCAUCCAUAAAAAACAGUCUGCCCUAGUAGAGAUUCAUAUAGUAUUAAAAAUGGUAGACGUCUGUCAUGUUUCAGCACAAUAAUCUUCAUGCCACUAAAUAAUAUAAUUAUAAAUCUCUCAGCUACAUUACAUAAUUAUAUUGUGUCAUCUACAUUUCGUUAUUUCUUUUUUUGGGUCGUUAAAAUGCAAGGCAGCGUAAUGGCAAUAAAAAUCAGGAUGGUAGACCUGAAAGCCUCUAUGAGAAAGAAAUAAUGCAUUACUGUACGCAUAGCAACAACAACAAAAUCAAAUAGCUUGUGCUGCAUUACAUCAUUAUCUUUUUGAUACUGACUUCUGCAGUAUUAAGUAAAUCAUUAAACGUUUGCUGUGUCUCUGUCUGAUUUUUGUCUCCUUGAUGUCAAGGUGUGAUCCAUUUAUCUGGGGUGUUUAGCAAGCUCCCUCAUGGCUUGGUGUCUCUUUCUCUCGCUGAGAAUGGUAUCACCCCCAAAGGUAAUGCUGGAUGUCUUGGAAACAUGAUAAUAAUGAACCUCUGUAAUUUAUAUUACCCACACCCCAAUAUAACAACUGAUUUUCUUUCCAGCUCACUGCACAAUGUGUGGUAAGACUUAAUAUAACACAUCCCUGCAGGGUUUGUACAGGUCAUGGAAAACCUUGGAAGUCAUGAAAUGUAGCAGUUUCAUUUUCCAGGCCUGGAAAGUCAUGGAAAUUUAUUGUAGGGACGGGAAGUCAUUGAUAAUUGAAGCUACAUUUGUUAUAUUAGUUCGUGCACACUCCAAAACAAGGACAAAAAGAUGUAAUUAAACAGCUUUUAAAAAUGGCACACAUUUUUGUAGACACUAAAAAGUCAUCUGUUAAACUGAGUUAGGUAAAAAAGGAUAGCUUUAAAAGUUUCCAUAAGUGAGAGCUACAUGUGUAUACCUAAAGUCAUGCAAAACUGCAAAAGCUCAUGCAUAAAACUCACUGAAAGUCAUGACAUUUGAAGAGCUCAAAAGAGUAGGAACCCUGAAGGUGACUUGGGUAAUAAUAGUGACUUGGGUGACUAGGUUGACUUGGGUGACUUGCAUAACUUGGUCAACUUGGGUUACUAGGGUGACAAGGGUGACUAGGGUGACUUGGAUGACUUUGGUGACUAGGGUGACUAGAAUGACGUCCGCGACUUGCAUAAGUAGGGUGACUUGGGUGACUAGGGUGAUUUGGGUGACCAGAGUGACUUAGGUGAUUUGGGUGACUAAGGUGACUAGGGUGACUAGGGUGAAAGAGGGUCGUGUCUCAUUUUCUAAGUGGUUUUCUGCUACUUAUUCUCAGGAAAGUGAUAGUUAGACUUUGUUAGGGUCUGGUCAUUUGUUGUUUUAUUCAAGUUGAUUGUGAUGUCAAUAUAAUUUUCUGAGCUAUUUUGUCAUUUUUCCUUUACUUUUUUAUUAAUAAUCUUAAGUCCUUUGUUAUACAUAACUUUAAGGGGCACAAUAUUAGUUUAUCUAGAUGUGCCCCUCUCCUCUCCUUUUAAUAUACAAUGAAAUUCAAUUUAAGUGUUGUAACUUCUAUUUUACGCAUUUUAUUUCCUUUGUAAAUCUUUAUCUGUUACUAUAUUAUUUUUCUCAGUUAUAUUUACAUAACUAUGUAUCAGCUAGGAAUUGGAGGAAUAAAUAAAAUAAAAAAAUAAAAUAAAAUAAAUAAAAUAGAUGUCAAUGUACUUUGAAGAAGUUUUAUUUGAAUGGUCACACCAGAGGAUUUCUUCCACAGACUCAAAACCAGUCAAUACAGCAUCAUAAAUAGUGUCAUUUCUCCUCAACUGAGUAUUUCAUGCAUUGGCACCUCAGUAAGAGCCAGUUAUAGUACAGUAUAACAAACAUUUAUAACACCAUUUGAAAGUACUUCUUAAGAGUUUUCAGGGUCACAUCAGGAGAUUUGAACAACGUCACAAUCAUUGUCUCUAUAAUACCUUACAUGAUGCAUAAGCGGGUUAUAGUGAUAUUAUCUCUGUACAUCUUUCUGCAGGAGCAAGUUCACUUGGCCAGGCUUUAAAAUCCAAUAAAUAUAAUGAAAGUUCUCUGCAGAGGUAAGUGAAUUUGAAGAUGCUGAUCUUCACUUUAGACAUCCUUUGUCUUUCCAGUCAAGACAUGUUUGCAGUGCAGUUUUUACCUACGUUGCUGCUUGAAAGUUUUGUGAUGCCCUUUUAACAUGAUUGUUUUAUACAAACUUUUGACAACUUGGAUAGUUUUCAGUAAUGUAGAUCAACUCAAAUCGAUGAUGUCAUGAAGGCAGACUUGUGCAUUUAAGAGGGUUUCAUUUUAAAUUUUGAUUUGUGGAAAACAUGUCACGACGAUAUCAAAAACCUUGUCAAAUCUUCACUGUUUUAUGAUUUUUUUUGGUGCCAGACUGGAUCUCAGCAAAAAUCCUUUCAAAGGAGAGGGAGUUGCAGUAAGUCAAUGUUAUGUUCAUUAUAGAUAAAACGCUUUUCAGUGAAGCUGUAUGCUUUUUCACCGACUGCCCCUUGCAUCCUGCAUCGGUAGGCUUUGCUUGUAUUGUAAAUUUUUUUAUAUCUUUUUUUGGGUUUAUUCAGUUGGUUAUAAGAAUAAUAAUAAUAAAAUAAUGCAGAAAGAUUGCCAUAAAUUCACUGUCUUGAGAUUUAGGAUAAUGUCACUUGCUCCUGAAUCAUGCCUGGCUGCCGAACCAGUGCAUUCAAGCAAUUUCUAGUCUUUGAAUGUAAACUGACGUAAUAUUCACAGGUAUUCUAGACUACAUAUAGGUUCCUUGUGUAUUUUCCUUACACAACAUAUGCAGUGUUAGUGUGUAGGUCAUUAGUUAAAGGCGACAGUUGACUCACUACCGUUCUUCAUGGUACUUACAUGUACAGUUGUAUAAACCAACGAUCUUUAUUUAUUUAUUUCGUGACGUGUUUGUCUAUUUAUUUACUUUUUAUUUAACAGUUAAUGAAUCUAUAUGGUUCUACGUUGAUUUUCCAGGGAUUGUGUGAUUUUUUCGCCAAGCCAAACAUUUUAACCUGUUUGGAUCUGUCAUCCACUGAAUGUCCUCUUGAUUUGGUAACUACAUUCUAUAAUUUUAUAAUAAACCCUGCUGAUCAGCUAAUGCAUGUGUACCGUUUUGCAUGACAAAAUACAAUGAAAAAAAGAAAACAAAACAACGAAACAAAUCAUGACAAAACGAAACGAAAAAUACGGACCAAUUCCAAAAACAAAGCAAAAACAAACAAACAAAACAAAUAAAGGCAGGGAAGUCUUUUCUUUUAAGAUCGACGUUGAAGGAUUUAGAUAUCUGGUGAAAGUUGGUGGUCAUAGAUCGGGAAAUGUUUAAGGAAAAAUUAAAUUCUUCAAGGGCCGGGAAAAAUCAGGACAUUUAAAUUUGAGUUAAAAAAUUGAGAUAUUUUGGAAGAAAGGUCGGGGAAGAAGCCUUUCUGGCCUUUCAAGUUUAUCUCAACAAAUUAUUAUGUAUAUGUAUUCCCUUAAUGAAAAAGGCAAACUGUUGAAAUGAUAAUCAGUGAGUACCUUUCAUAUGGGAGUCACCCCACCCGCAAAGUUGUCAAUGGGGAGCUUAAGCAACGACGACGGCGACGUCAACGAGAACGGCAACAAAGCAGUAGGUUUAGAUGGGCAGAACAACAACAUUGCGCUUGCAUCACGCCUUUUUGUACAUGUCGUUGCCGUCACUGCACGACUACGACUUAAAAAUGCCUAAUUUCACGUGUUGAGGAGAACGUGAACACAUGAGAACGACUUUGUUUUUCUUUUCUGAAACUUCGAUGCAGUCUUAGAAUUCAACCCCGGAAAAAUUGGCAACAUUUGACGGAUUGAACGAGAUGAAAUAAGCGCGAUAAAGUUUAAAGCAGCUGGAAUUCACCUUUUAAGUGACGUUUUCGUAGCCGUAGUCGUCCUUAUUAUUUUAUUAAGCUCCCUAAUAUCGACAGGGGCCGGGCUGGGAGACUUCCCCUGGCAAUUAUGAGCAUGACGCGCGGGUACGUUCACAGGAAACAAAAGGAAAACAGAACCUAAAACAAUUCCUAGCUGUUCAGUUGCCUAAUUAUUGUUAAUGUAACUGGCAGCUUGAAAUCUUAGCAACAGCCCUGCUGGGCGCAGGGUAAAAUGUUAUGAGACUCACAACUUUUAGAUAGUAUUUGCUGCCCUUAACUGUGUCAAAUUGAUUCGUGAAGAAAUUUCAAAACAUAAGUUUGCAAAGUUGUCGGUAUUGAUUAAUAAGACUACAAAAAUCCUAGCCUUGAUUCUUCACAUAGCAUGUUUUUCUUUGUUUUCUUGUCUGCACAAAUAAUCAAUGAGCAUGAAUUAAGCAUAAUCAUGAACUGCCUCCCUACACUUCAUUAUUGGUAGUGCCUCUAGCUCUUGUCACUCCACCCUAACCUCUAUAAAUUUUAGUUUUGCCCCUACUGAACACUUAAGCAUUUGAGGCAUGAAAACGUAUUGGUAAUGUUCUAAACGUUUUUUUUAGCUAUUUGGUGCUCUCAUUAGAGGAUGUGCUCAGCAGUUAUCUUCCAUCAAACUUGCUGGAAACAACUUUACCUCAAAGUAAGAAAACAAAUUAACCCUCAUCUUGGUUAACAAUUCUUCUGUUUAAAACUACCUUCUCUAAUGUUAGGAGAAUGGAAUAUUUGGAGCAAAAUUCAUUUGAACAUUAACUUUUUCCCUUUAUUACUCAUGUUGGUUCAUGUAUUCAAUCCUUCUUUUGUCCACAUGUCAUAACAAAAAAUUUCAUUCCUAGUUCUGUGACUUGUGUGACUUCCACUUUUUAUCUAGUUUGUUGGAUGUUUACUUUAAAGACUGUUUGUCUUUUUCAAAUUCACUCUUAAUUUUGUGAUACUAAGCGUAAAUUUCAACAAAUCCCCUUACCGUACAAGAUGGUAUAGAUACUGUGCAUGUACGUUCUCUUUCAUUCAAUUUGUUUCUGUGUAUUUUCUAUUUAGAAAAAGUAAAGAUGCUGUUGUACCACCAUCCUUUACACAGGUGGGAUAACGAAGUUCCUUAUGGUUUUCAAACAGAAAAAAAAAAAAAAAAAAUUUCAAGGGUGCAUUCCGUGUUAUAAUGUUUAAGAGCAGAUGGUUUAAUUGCGGGCUACCAGAGAAGCCAGCAGUCCUAAUCUCCAGGUUGCUAUUACGCAUGAUUGGCACGAAUAUAGCUAGCAUUCGUUUGGACUUCAACUAGAAAUGAGUAGAAUACAUAGAACGCAAUCUAAUCACGCGCAUUUGGGAUUUCUGAACUAUCACGCGUAAUAUGAUCACGCGUGUUUUGACCCUCUAUCACGUUAAACUUACUCAAAGCACUAGCGUUGAAACAAGAGCAGUUUGAAACAUGCCCGCACUACCUAAUCUUUGGUUAUUACUAGUAUUAGAACCAUGCGAUGGAGACUAGCAGUUCCUGGGUCCACCCAAGGGCCAUGAAAAGCUGGUUGCCAAUUAACCCUUUUAAUGCCGCUAAUUGUGGGCAAAUGAAAAUUCGAAUGGUAACACCAUAGGCCUUGAUUUGAUUUGAUUUUUGGCGUACAAUCAGACCUUAAAAUUAAAAAUUAGAGGGUAUCUCGUAAUAACAUGGCCUUGGAAUGAAAGUGUUGACGAGAUUGUAAUGGUAACGAGGUUACUAGAUAGAAAAUGCCCUCAUGAGGGUCUCUAACGUUUUGGCCAGAAUAUGUGGUCUUAAUAGCAGGGUGACAGUGAGGUUGAGUUUCUUUGUCAGUGACUGAUGGUCACUACUGGUGUCAUUCGUAUAUAUAUUUUUUAGUUUUUCAGCAGUUCCCAGGCUCUAAAAUUCUUAGAUGUGUCUGACUGUAAAUUGCACGCAGAUGCUGUCAGGUAAGGUAUCUUGUUUAAAUCGAAGCUUUUGUAUACUGGCAGUUAGAUAUAAUCAAGUCGAAGUAAAGCUCCUUUAGGUGCUGCUACUGGUUUCCUUUGUAAUUCUUUACAACAUGCAGCUGACUAACAUUUCCAUGCUACAUCCUGCCAAGAGUCAACCACUGAUUACUAGUGCUCUUUCUAAGCAGCGUUUUAGCCUGAUAAAGUGGGAAGUACAACCUUACUUCUCUUCUAAGCUCUUCGUGAGGGUGGUAACACCUUUGUUAAUGCCUGAAUUGAAUUGCAUUAUGAAGUUCUAAUCAGCAAGUAAAGUACAGCGUUUUUGAGAGAAUGGUUUUAGUAAAAGCCUAAUGUUUUGGCUUCUAGGGGACAAUGACAGUACUCAUGGCUGCUCUGUCCUACAGAACUUGGGUUAAUCUUCAUAUUGGUGGGCUUAUUAUGAGUUGAAUACAAAGUCGCUACCACAAAUUUUAUGAAUGGCUGGAAACCUGGGCCAUCAUAGGGUCAUAGGGUCAUAACUCUGGAAAACGUGCUCGAUGCUUGUUGCUCUUAUUCAUAUUCCACCUACUUUUGAAAUAACUCCUUUGUUUAAACCUCUUGUGAUAAAAUAUUGUUGUUUAAUUUCGAUGCAUCACUAAAUUAGUUUUUUUUAACACUCUUAUUUCUUAGAGCGAUCCUUCAAGGACUACAUGAGAACAGUGUCAUUUCUGAUGUUGAGGUCAACAUAAGCAACAAUGAAGUAAGUAAUAAGCUAUUUCAGAGUUGCCCCAAGCUUCUGUUUCAAAGCGAGGUUAAGUGCUCAGCCUUUGAUAUGAAAAUGAUUUUUUAUUCUUAUGCAAAUAAAACUCAUUUUCACAAGAAUGGUUUUACACUUGGCCUGGUUGUGAAAGUGACAGUUUUUGGAACUCGGAAAUAGCCUGUUAAUAGUGUGAAUCACCUUUCGCCUGAAAUCUAUCUUAUUUUACGCGUUUUUUCAAAUAUGAUGGCUACGAUUGCCACAAAAAAGGAAAGUAAUCAAAAUACAGUCGUUUGAUUAAUUCUUGUAUUAUAUCAUGAUGGUCAACAACAAUUGUCAUACAAACAAAUUCCAAAACUGAGACCAACAAUUUCAACGAAAUCGAAUAUUUCGUUCGAAUCGCUUGAACUUUAUCACCGAUUAAACGAGGUUACGUAUUAAAAAGGUUGUUACGUAUUCCCAGGGGGAUCUCUCCCUCGUCCCUAUUCAGAGAGGGUUUCCUUUAUUUGGUGGCGACGGCGUCCCUUUGGCGCGGCGCUUGAUGGUGUGAUUUUCGUCUUAAGAACCAGUCUUCACUCUGAUUUUUCACUACGCGUCUAUAGUAUAGUAGGGAUCAGUUGGGCCUCUUUUUGGGCAGGAGUCUCGUUAAGGAAGGCAGGAAUUCAUGAACGCCCCUGAUGUCAUAGCGUUUUGUCUUUAUCUUAUGAUUAAAAUGCGGUAGAUUCUUGGUUAAGAUUAAGUCAUGUGCUAUUUUAAGGUGGACUAACCGGUUGGUGGUGGAGGUAAAACGAUGGAGGUGUGGUGGUGGCAGUAGUGGUGGUGGUGGUGGUGCAGGAGGGAAAAUAAUAGAGAUGUGGUUGUGGUGGUGGUUGGAAAACAAUAGAAAUGUGGUGGAGGUGUUGGAGGAGAAAAAACAGUAGAAUGUGGUGGUGGUGGUAAAACAGUAGAAACUGGUAGUGGUGGUGGUGGCGGCAGGGGGAGUGAAAAAUUGUUGUCCUUGGUAUAAGCUAAAAGAGCUAGUUUCACGUCGUCUUCAUUUAAUAGGCGCGAUUCGCGCACCAUAAAUCAGUAAACCGGAACCAGGAAAAUUAAAUGUCUGUAAUGGACAAUAACGGCAGCAGGAAAUAGAACGCACAUGAUUACGUUACGACUCAGUGAUUUUAAGUCACACGCGAGUUAGCGCUUGUUUUCUUCGACAACAUGAGUCGGCAAAUACUUGUAAAGCAAGACUUUCAUCAACCUUAAAAUAACUAGAUAACCUGUCCAGCCGUUCGGCGUUCAUGUAUUCCUGCCCUCCUUAAUGAGACUUCUGUCCAAACGAAAGGCCCAACCGGUCCGUACUAAACUACUCGCAUCCGAUAUACGUAAAACACAUCGGCCUGAAACAAAUAGAAAAUCACAGGUUCUUCCUUUCGUGUAUUUUAUUCUGUACCUCUAGCUGUUCCCAUAUAUUCCCUGCGAUCGCGGGUGAACGUUUCUUUUUUUCAGUGAUCCAGCGAUCCCAAAGAUCGUUGCGAUCUUAUGAAAACAAGCCUCUAUUUGAUGUCUUGCAGUUAAGAGGUCCUGGAGCCAAAGCCAUUUCAGAUAACAUAUCCAAGCUUAAGUGUGUCAGUAGACUGGAUAUAAGCGAUAAUGGUGAGUAUGAAUAAUAACCUGCAACGUAAGCCUUUCACUCCUAAAAUUGGUCAAAGAAGGAAAAGCUCAGGAAAAUUCACAUUUCUUUUUAUAAAAUGUGUAGUUCCAGAAAAUAUGCAUACUUCCCCCACGGAGGGCACUUUUGUUUUAGACCCCCACCCCCUUAGAAUUUUCAUUCCAGUUGGUGCCUGUCAUUCCCACUUCGUUGGGUACCCCCUGGAAAGAACAUUUCCGUCAAAAAUACUCUUGCACUGUACUUAUGUACACUUUACUUCUUCUUCCAUCAAAUUGGCCUUUUUUAUGCUAGAGACGUUAAAUUUGUCAUGAGACGACUUAAACGUCUAGUGUAAAAACGGUAAAUAAGACAGACGCAUUUAACGUCUGACGACAUAAACGUCUUGUGUUACGCACUUAACAGACAACUUCAACGCCUCAGACGUUAAAUGCGUCUAAUAUUAAAACGGUACGCCUUAAACUGGGGCGUCCAACCCGUCCAGAAACGACUGGAAGGAGUCAGUGUUUCGUCUUUUUUCAGAAAAGUCUGUUUUUUGAAUGUUUUCGUCUCCUUUUAUGCGUCCCGUUAUUGCACCAGACGACUUUAACUUUAUACUCGCUGUUCUGGAAACUAGCCCGCCGCGCUCGUUAAAUGCGUCUAAAGACGGCCAUUGGCCUACUGCCAAUGUAUAGGUGUUUAUGGGUGCCAUUCUGCACGCCUCUUUACAGUACUUGACCUGUGUUGUUAUGGCCUCCUUGAAUGCUAAUCGCUCCCUUUUCUCGUUUUAGGCUUUGAAGGAGAUUUAGUCAAGAUACUUGAGAAGCUGUCUUCCAACAAAUCUCUUAGAUAUUUAAACUUAGGGCAGAAUACAAAACACGCCAGGUAAGAUAUCAAAAAGCUCUGUUUUAAAGUUAUCAGUAUUAGUUAGCGUGCACCUAAGAAUCUCACAUAGUCAGCCGACACCCUCGCCUAAUCAAUACCAGCAUUAGCCUGCGUGGCGUACGAUUCUUCUGGAGUGUUUUCCUUUUGUGGUUCGUAAACUAAGAGACUCAACCGCGCGAAUGCGGAACCGAGGACUACAAAAAACCCAUCGUUUUCUGUUUCGACCUCGGUUCAGCUUUUGCGCGUCUUUAACUCUUACUUUGCGAACCACAAAACAAAACCCGUCAGCUACACGGGCUUGAGCAGCAUUUAUUGUUGAAAACUUUAUAGUCACUAACAAUUUAACUGUCGAUAGAUAGACUGUUAUUUCAAAGUAAAAUCAUUGUCAUUAUUGUUCAUAUACAACUCUUUUUUGAUUGAAAAGAAAUUUUCAGUAGCAAUUCUACACCUGUUAUUUUAUUACAGGAGUUACGCUGCUGUUAUGGAAGCACUAGUUCAGCUUAUUUCUGAGGAAAACUCGGUUUGUAAUUCUUAAUUGUAUAAGAAUUAGCAAACAUAGGUUGCUAACAUAACUAUCACGGUACUUCAACUCCCUGCUCUUGUACCAAUUUCCUAUUAUUAGAUUCUUUUUUUUUUUCACUUAAUGUAAUGUAAAAGGUCAAUGUCUAUUGUUUUUCGUUCUUACGUUUUUCUGGAAAGGGAAACAAACUUGACUUAUAGUCUUUCUUGUACCCCGUCUAAACUGUAAGCUAAGCUCGUGGGGCUGUUUUAAGGAGAGGAAACCAAGAUAUUACAACCCCCUCCCCUCCCCCACCCCAGAAAAUAUAAGGAGUGCCAGCAUUCCAUACUGAGAUUUGUGGCAAAGUCUGCGCAACCGAAGUGGUCAGUGGUUUCCUUUGAGUGUCUUCGACCAAUCCUUGUUAACCUGCUGAUUCAAAUGACAUAAGGUGAUGCCCAGUCUCCUUGUAGUGACAAAUUUGGACUGCACCAGUCCUAUAAAGGAAACCUGCUUUUAACGAAAAUGUUAAAUGUAAUUCGCACGGAACCACUCACGGGGUCGGAAGAGCGCUUUACUGCAGAGUGGGAGUUCGUGGGUUUGUUCCUCAGGGCCAGACCAAUAUUCUAUGUUUUCACUGUCACGCUAUCAAACGUAAAAAUGCAAACCAGUCAAUACAGAAUGUUCAGAAUCUGGGAAAUGAAAGAAGAUGAAUAUACAAAAAGCCUCGCCAAGAAUCUGGCGUAAUUCGUAUGCGAGAUAUUCGGAAAAAAGUUUUGACUAAAUUUGUAAGGCUUUGUAUGGAACCGCCAUGUUGAUGUCCCUUUGAGGGGCACAAAUAUGGCCGCCGGAAACCAACAGAAACAUCUGUUUUUGAGUUUCCUACUUUGCGUGAAUUUAUCGCUUGAUGAAUUCAUAAAGAUUAAAGUAAUAUUUAUUCUAAGAUAAGGAAUGUUUGGAUAACAAAAUCUCAAAAAAUCAGUAAUGUUUUUAACCCAGACAAGGACUUUCUCGGCCGCCAGCUAACUGCCGCGUCACUCAAAAGCCUGGAAAUUCAGCUGUCUUCUAUCGCAAAAAGACGAACCCUUUGAAACCUAAAAUUUGUGUAAAUAAAGGUUUUUAGGUGCUGUAAUACCUCAUGAAAGUAGAAACUCAAAAGAAUUGAUAAUUUCUUAGUUUGAAUUUCGGUGACGUCAUGUGAAAACCCCUAAUUCACGGUCUUAAAACAGCUAAGAAAUGAAGGUACUACUUGUGCCCUGCCAACCGCUAGACAUUCGCGUGGCUCAGACGACCACGUGGAAUGGGUGUCCCGUCUCCCGUUGGAGUCGUGAUGAUAGUGUUCUAAGUUCGUAUUUGGUGCUAAAUACAUUGACCCUCGAAUAAAGCGCUUUUUGCUUACUUCUCCGUGUUUGUGUUUUUUUUAGCAUCUAGAAUCCAUCUCCUUAGCUGAGUCUAAACUAAAACAUGAACUCGACCCACUUCUGGAUGCUCUUGGUACGAACGAAAGUCUGAAAGAACUUGAUAUCAGGUUAGGAAACUUAUACUUCCUUUGUAUUGUUUGACAUCACAUACGCUUUGACCCAGAUUGACCCAACCGAUCGAUCAUCGAUUAUAAUCGGAGAAAUAUCUUUGUAAGAAUUCCAUUUAUUUUUUUAACUGCGUGCAAGGCAAAGUAAUAUAAAUUUAAGGUAAUUUUUCCCAGAAAAUGCACCUGCAAUCAAAUGUGAACGAAACAACCCUUAGAAUUAUACACAGACGUGGUGCUGUGUCUUAGCACACGACAGACAUGUGAAAUAUAUUAGAAAAGGGCUAAAAAUGGAUUACAGCCACAUACUUCGUCUAUUUCAAUGAAAACAUCAAAGGAUUUUUUUCUUAUUUGUCAACAAUAGAUGUUUUGGGGGGGCGGGGGGUUGGGUUGAUAAUCAAUUGAACAUUUUUCAUAAUCGAUUACUGCAUCGCUUAAUGUUUUCAACUGAUUAUUUAUCAUAAUCGAUACCUCUAACAUCUCAAGAUUUUUCUUAUGAAUUCAUUUGCUUUUUUAGCGGAAAUCAAAUGGGUGAUGACGGUGCUCGGAUCCUUGCCAAGGCCCUUCAGAUCAACAGUAAACUCAGGUAA